AUGGGAUGCGUAACGAGGCUGCUGAUAAACCCUCACUCUUCCUCGCCGCUUCUCGACCUCCGGCACCGGACUCUCGACCCCAACUCUGUCUUCUCUCUCCGAACCGCAAAUACCAAAAGCAAAGGAAGAGUCUCUUGUCUUUUCUCCGGCAACCAGAGGGAGGAGCAAGCUCGUAAAGCGUUGGAAAGCGCUCUUGAUGGGAAGAAACACGAGUUCGACAAGUGGGACCAAGAGAUCAAGAAAAGACAAGAGUCCGGUGGAGGAAAUGGUGGCAACGGAGGAGGAGGAGGUGGAGGCUGGUUUGGAGGUGGCGGUGGUUGGUUCAGUGGCGAUCAUUUCUGGAAAGAAGCUCAACAGAUUACCAUUACCCUCUUAGCUAUACUUGUCGUGUAUUUGUUGGUUGCGAAAGGUGAAGUAAUGGCUGCAUUAGUGUUGAACCCGUUGUUGAACGCGUUGCGAGGAACACGACAAGGUUUGACUUCUCUGAGCUCCAAACUCUUGGGAAGAAAAGUGAGUGUUGAUCAUUCAGAGGAGCCAUGGAAGAAGGAAGGUUUCAGUAAUGUCUCUGCUAAAGAGAGCGUUGUCCGUAAAUGGGGUAGUGACUGA